AUGCCGCCGCCCGGAGUCCUUCCCCCCGCACGGCGUCUUCCGCCCCCCGGGCUCCGCGCACCCGCCGCUUCCGCCGCUCGGAUCCGCCCCCGGGCCUUCGGACGCGGACGGGAUGAGCAGCUCCGGCGGAGGAGGUUCGGCGGCGCCCGGAGCCCCUGGUUCGGCGGCGGCAGGAGCGGGAGGCGCGGGGGGUUCCAGGUCCCCCUGUGCUUCCGCCGAUGUGGAUGUCUCCGCACGGGCUCGCGUUCUGGCCGCGCCCGGGGGGAAAUAACGCCAUGCAUCAUCCCCCCCCGAUGGGGGGAAGCAUGGGCGGGAGGGGUAGCACAGGGGGGAUGGGGUCCCCCGCGCCCCCUCCGCCUGUGCCGUCCGCGGAAGGCAAGGAGGGAGGACGUGGCGGAGCGAGCGCAUGGAUGUCCGCGGGAGGGGGCGGAACGGCGGGAGGGGGCGCGGGGGCAGCAUCAGGGCUUUGAGGCGCCGCAGAAAUCGCAUCUGGGGGUUGAAGGGGGGGCGCAGAAAACAGCUUCCGCCAACCGAGGGCGCGCAGAAGGUGCAUGCGCCGCCGCAGCACGCGGGGCAGCACGGGCAGCACCCGGGCAGCACCCGGGGCAGCGGAAAGGGGGCGCGGGGAACCACCCGCACGCGGAAGGGCGGGG